UCAUUCCUGUCGAGCCUGCCGCACAGGAACGUACCCUCUUAAACAAUGUAUCGUAGGGUUUUAUCAGGGGAUACAAAGCAAGCAAUGCUAACACUUUAAUGGAUUCCUUUAUCAAUUUUUAAACCAAAAAAUGGAAACCCCAGCUUCAAAAACCAAAGUAUCACCGCCACCACAGCAAGAACCAGACCUCAAAAAGCCCAAAAUGUCCACUACGACCUCUGACGACGAAGACGCCGCCACCAUGACCCCUGGUGGCGACACAACCACCAAAAAGCAAAGAUACAAGCGCCGCAAAAUCGCAAUAUUCUUCGCGUACUGUGGCGUUGGCUAUCAAGGUAUGCAGAAAAAUCCAGGUGCCAAAACCAUCGAAGGGGACCUUGAAGAAGCCCUCUUUCACGCCGGUGCUGUCCCUGAACAGGACCGCGGCAUCCCCAAGCGUUAUGAUUGGGCCCGCUCAGCUCGCACUGACAAGGGCGUGAGCGCUGUGGGUCAGGUAGUCUCGGGCCGGUUCUACAUCGACCCGCCUGGACUUGUGGAACGCUUGCAUUCGAAUCUUUCUCCUCAGUUUAGGAUUUUUGGCUACAAGAGAGUGACGGGAUCGUUUAAUGCUAAGAAGUUCUGUGAUCGGAGGAGGUAUGUGUAUUUAAUUCCUGUUUUUGCUCUUGAUCCGUGUUCCCAUCGUGACAGGGAGAGUGUUUUAGCUAGUUUACGGUCUGGUAGUGAGCUUAUUAAGUGUUUGGAGUGUUCAGAGAGAGGGCGUAAGGUUGCUGGCGCUGUAGGCAAGCGCAGCUUUGAAUUAGCAGACAAUUCGUCGAACGAUAAAGAUGCUUCUGUUAAAUCUGAAAUUAAAGAGGAGGUUGGUGUGCUUUUGGAUAAUGGGCUUGAGGAUAUUAGGAAUUCUGAAACUGUAAAUGAAACUAAGAUCUUUCAAAAUGACGGUAGCGGAUCAAAAUCUGUAAUGCCUGAAUCAGUCAUUUCAUCAAACAGUGAAGAUGCUAAUGUCAAUCCUGAAAGCAAAGACGAAAUAAUAGUUUCCGUGGAGAAUGGUGAUGAUGAGAAGACAAAAUCCAAAGAGGAAAUGGUGAAGGGAAGUAGUUUUUGUUACGGAGAGAAGGAGAAGGAGAGGUUCAAUCGAAUACUGGGUUAUUACGUGGGGAGUCAUAACUUUCAUAAUUUUACAACCAGAACUAAGGCUGAAGACCCCUCUGCUCGACGCUAUAUUGUUUCGUUUGAAGCUAAGACCACAGUUAAUGUUGAAGGCAUUGAGUUUGUGAAGUGUGAGGUUGUAGGUCAGAGUUUCAUGCUUCAUCAGAUACGGAAGAUGAUAGGGGUUGCUGUGGCAAUUAUGAGGAACUGUGCACCUGAGUCGUUGAUACAAACUGCUCUACAAAAGGAUGUUAACAUCAAUGUGCCUACAGCUCCUGAAGUUGGGUUAUACUUGGAUGAGUGCUUUUUCACAUCCUAUAACCAGAAAUGGAAAGACAGCCACGAAGAAAUUUCUAUGAAAGAUUAUGAAGAAGAGGCAGAGGACUUCAAGAUGAAGCACAUAUACUCACACAUUGCAACGACAGAACACAAGGAAGGAUCAGUGGCUCUGUGGUUACAUUCUCUCAACCACCGAAACUAUCCUGAUCUUCGUGUUAGCAACACUGUAGAUAACAACAACAGUGAAGAUAAUAACAAUGGCAAGGAAAGCACUGGAUUUGAAAACACGGCUCCAUGUACAUCUCUGUGAAACUGAUUACUCAGAAACUGUUUGCUUGUUUUGGAAUUAUUGCAGCUGGGUUUAGGUUAUCCUUUUUUCCCUUGCAAGUUAUUCUAUUUAAAUUUUGCUGAUUAAUUCUUGGCGUUUGCUUUCUGAAGCAACUUAGAGGUCAAUUAAAAUAUAAUCUCCUGGGUUUAGCUGUUCAGCAAUUGUGUAUGGUAAGGGACCAAGGGUGCUUAAAAACUCGGUCUGCUGUUUUAGGUUUCCAUUUUCUCUGGAGUUUUGCUGGUUCUAAACAGCAGUAGUUCAAGCAAUAUCUAUUUGGUCGGGAUAUUUUUGGCA